AAAGGACAGCCGUUCUCUCAUAAUGUUACGAUAUAUAAUGUAAAUAGCAUUAAAUUUAAGUUAGUGGUUUCAUAUCCUGUAGAAACUUCUAUAUUUUAAGACUAUAUUUUUGCUAUAAGAGACGAAAGAUAGCAAAAAUUUCUAAGCGACGAAUUUUGGAGAAACCUCUCGAACAGUUUAAUUACUCCGAAUAACUUAAAAUCUUGUACGAGCAGGGAAGAAGAAGAGAUAGCAUGAACGAGAGAAAUUAGAUGUCGCCAUGUGAUAUUUCAAUAUCCUCAUUUUAUUUUUCGAAUGUAAGCAGAAUUGAAAUUCGUAGUGGGGAAUAAACCUUUAGGAGAACCGUGGAUCGAUUCAUAUCUGUAGCAGCAGUGGACAAGAACGCAGGAAUAACGUAGAUGUUAGAAAUAAACACACAAGCUAUCAAGAAAAAACAUUUAAUCUAAUCUAUAUAGUAUUUUACUUGGAAUAUAAAUAUAUAACCAAAGCUCUGUGACUAUAAGCAAGCAAUGUGACCAGCUGAUAGCUAGCGUGCGCGCGUGUGUGCGUGGUGUGAUGCGCGCGCGCGUCGUGUGGAGAGAGAGAGAGAGAGAAAGUUGGUGAUGUGUGUGUGUGCGUGUGUGUAUGCGCGCGCGCGGUGUGUUUGUAUGUCAUCACUAUAUAUUUUCAUAUAUGUAUUAUACCAUCAUCGUGGUUUAUGCAUAACCUAAGCUCACAAGGGCGAGCUUGAUGCAAGCAAUAGCAUAUCAGUAUUUUUGUUUCAAAAUUGAAAAUAAAUCCAUACAAACGAUGAGAGAUGCGCACCAAGGGACUGUUAUUAUUGCUAAUCUGCAUAGCAGGGAGCAGCAUCCUUUUUAUUGCUUUCAGCAAUCAACGACCUUCUAUACAAACUCUUGUUACAGAAACUCACAAACAAUUACGGAAUUUUCAGGAAAACUUGAAAGAUGUUGAAGAAAAACGAUUAGUGACAGAUUCAAAGUAUUUAGCUUUACUUGGUCUUGAUGGCCAAACAAGUACGACGCCUCUAAGUCUCAAGCCUCAGAAUGUGACAGUAGUAACUCUUAUAAGGCCAGGAAGCGAACAACAUGCCUAUGGCUUCGUUAGAAAUGUCAGUCACUUUUUGCCAAAUAAUAGUAUUGUACUUUAUAGCGUUGGUCUGAACGAAGAAUCUUUCCAAAGUAUCAAGGCUACUUGUAACUCUACAAGGUGUAAUGUGAUUCACUUCGACUUGACUCCGUUUCCAGCUCACGUAGAAGAUGAUAGAUUACACGUUUACAGACCUUUAAUUAUACAAACAGCUUUGAAUACAUUAGGUUGUAUUCUAUACAUGGAUUCAAACGUACGGUUAAAUUCAUCUGACAUUUCAAAAUAUCUCUUUCCAAAGUCAGGAGUAUUAACCUGGCCUACCAGGCACGCCAUUAGUUCUUUAACUCAUCCAAAGAUGUACGAGUAUUUUCACACAUCAGCAGAGGGUUUUUUUUUCCUUCCUCUUAUAAGAGCAUCGCAUAUAGUAAUUAGAAACACAAAAGAGAUUAGGGAAAAAGUAAUGCUACCUUGGGUUCAAUGCGCACUGACAAGAGAUUGUAUUUGCCCUAUAGGUGCCCAAUCUGCAGGUUGUCGAUUUAAUAAAAGACCACAAUAUCGUUAUUCCGGUUGCCAUGCGUAUGAUACAUCCGCGUUGAAUAUCGUUCUCGGAUUAUAUUUCAAUUUUGACGAUACCUGUUACACACACCAGGAACGAGAAACAUAUUUCAAUAAGAUACAAUCCGAGGAGAUUAUAGAAGAAUAUGCUAUUAUCGCAAGACAGAACAAUGUCACAGAAUCUAACUCUAAAAGCUUUGCAUCGACCGACCGUUGAUAUUUUCGAGCGAUCUCAGUUUAUUUUAGAUUAAUAAUUUAUAUUAUUCGCUGAUCGAGCACAAUUUUAUUAAAGAAUAUAGAAAAAAAUUAGUUAUAAAACAAA